UCAUCUGUCCAUCUGGAUGACUCGCUUUUGAUUUUGUUCAGACGUAGAAUCUUCCGUUUUAAGGUCGUGGCGGUAGUAGUCUCCUGAAAGCAGCACUUCUCAGGGCUCGUGGGUAAAGGGUGUAAACCAAACUACCGCUUCAUCGUCCUGCCGCUGCAACUCCUUUCUUGAUCUCGAUGUGGUGCCAUCUCUUUCGUCAUCUUCCAUCCUUACUCUUAUUUUUCGCAGUUUCGUGGUCUUCUGGCUCCUUCGCCUCUUCUUUGGUGGUUCUGUAAUUUCUUCUACUUCCGCAUCUUCUCUUUCCUCAAUACUCGUUUCAGGCAUUCUUCUGAUAGUUUGGAAUUCAUCCAUAGUUGACUUCGCCGAUGAUGCUUCAUCCUCUUCGUCGACGUACUUGGUCUUUUUCAAUAAUUUCUUUAUCUUUUUCGACUUCCGCAACUUUCGCUUUCGCGACGAUGAUGAUUCCGGAUCGAUCUCCAGCCUGUGUCGUUCCAACGCUUUCUUCAGUUCUUCAUCGUGCUUCAGAUGACGGAUCUCGGCCACAUCAUCCACAUUCGCUUGCUCUACACGACUGUCCACUGUUUUAAUGCGGAGCGGGCUUUCUUGGAUAGAUUGUCUCGGAGGCGCGGUAGCUUCUUCGCGGAAUACUCGCGCCUGUCUUCUCUGCUCGUCACCGGAUGGAAGUUUUGAAGUGUAAAGCGAUUCUUUCGGCGUUGACGUGUAUGGUGCAAAUCUCCGUGUCGGCUCCGCAUUAGCGUCGUUUUUUGUGAAUACAUCUAAUGGAGGCGGGAACGUUGGAGCAGUAACGGAGUAGUCUGCUUGAACGAUGCUCUUAGGUUGUAGUGGUUGUUCCUGUAAAAAUGCGGACUUCUGUGCUGACAGAGAAUUAAGCGAAGACACGGCACCACUUGACAUCACUUGACCAGGAACGAUCAACACUUGUUGAUAGUAUGUCUUCCCAUCAGGCUGCACGACCGGUUGAUAGGCGUACUGUGGUUGCAUGUUGGAGUGAGCCAAAUCUCGGAUUGAAAUCAAAGUCGGAUCGGUCUUGUGAUGCUUCUUUCUCUUUCUCGGCUUCUCCUCAUCUUCUUCCUCGGAAUAACCCCGACUCCUGUCUUCAUCUUCCUCUUCUUCAGCGCUUCUAUGGACUUUUCUGAAAAGGUUUUUGUUUUUAAUGUCGACUGA